GUGAAGGGAAAAGCAAGUGAUUCAUUUGUCGCAUACGAUGCUUCAAAGCCAAUAACAUAAACUUACGCACGUUUUUAUUUUCCAUCCAUUCUACGGUAACAAAAUGAGCAAACCCGAGAAACCUCUUUCAACUCUUUGGGGUUGUGAACUCAAUGAGUCUAAUAAAGAAGAAUCCUUCAAGACGGACGAUACGAAUCAUCAACACCAGCUGGCACUCAGAACAAUGUGUUUGGGUCACACCGCCAAAGAUGAGUUUAAUAUUGUUGAACUGGUCAUGGGUGAAGGUAACAACAGCGCAAAAGCGGUUCCCAUAGCAACGCUACACGCCAAAUCCAUGCCAACGGUCAACCUGUCUGGUUUGGAUCUUCAUCCACCUGUGACCUUUCGCCUGAAGCACGGCUCUGGGCCAGUGUAUGUCGGCGCAGAACAUGUUGCCUUGGAAGAGUACUCUGAUGAAGAAGAGCUUGAUGAAGAGAUGGAUGAGGAGGUAGAAGAGGAGGAGGAAGAUAUUGAAGAAUCACCAGUGAAGAAAGUCACAAAAAAUGCUGCUGGCAAAAGAAAGAAGCCAGAAAAGGCAGAGGAUGAGGAAGCCUCUGAUGGUGAAAAUCCACCUAAAAAGGGUAAAGGAAGGGGACGGAAGGCAAAGGUUUGACCAGGUGUGGAUUGGGAACGCUCCGUACCCAGAAGGGUGCUGUUGGACAUUUAAAUUGGGAGCUUUAAUUUCUCACCAUGGUCCCAAUGUAGCUACACUUAUAUCAAUAAAGUUAUUGAGGAGAAAGCA